AUGGGGUCAUCAGAGUCUUUGUCUAGAAGCAGACGCAAUAGCUCUGAGUUGGAGCAAAGUACUCCUACCAGUUCGUUGGGUUCCCCAUUUUCACCCAGCGAUAGAGAAACCAUGGAGGCCCUCGGCAAAUUGAACUCAGUCUCACUGAUGGAGUUGGGUCCAAUGACCAUCUCGGAUACAGACUCAGUGCGUGAACGCGAGAUGAAUGGCGUAACUUUCUACUCCAGUGCACUGGAGUCGGAGUCUCAGAACCAUGGGGAAAAACCAAAAGAGCGUUUACGAAGCCGAAGGGGCUCGCCCAGUGGACUGCUGUCGGGCUCUCCUCGUACAAAACGAAAACUUCGGCGAAAGUCCCGAACUUCAGAAGCUCCGUCAGAGAAACUGCAUCGUUCAGAAGGAUUUACUGGCAGUGGCUACACUCUGACGCCUGCGGCAGGAAAGAUCUUCAGGAACUUACUUAUCCUUGAAGAAACUCUUCGGCAGCAAGUCAUCCAACAAAAGACACUCCGAAGAAAGUAUUUGACCUUUCUAGCCAUGCUUUGUUCUUUGAUUGCAUCUAUCUCGCAUCAUCUAUAUUUUGCUCCGCAAACAGCGGCAUCACGCGUUGUUCUACAGCUUGUGCUCCUAGCGCUUUGUGUAACGCUUGUUCUUUAUCAUCUAUCUGGCGAGUAUCAAAAAACCAUCGUUCUACCUAGGAAAUUCCUAUCAUCUACCAAUAAAGGCUUGCGGCAGCUAAAUGUGCGGUUGGUGAAGAUAAAGUCUUCAUAUGCCGACAGCUUAGCGGAUUUGAUCCGAGAGCUUGUCUUAUUUUUGUGCACUAUGGCAUUGAAAUGUCUCCAUACCGUGGUUCCAUCGGCUAAACGAAAUCCCAACGUCAAAUUGGAAGUAUGGUUAGUGGCUGGCCAGCUGCGGUGUCAGCCUAAAGUUGGUCUUAAUGAUGUUAAGCUUUCACUAAUGCCAAGGAGUUUUAGCACAGAUAUAAGAGAAGGGUGGGAAGUUUACCGUAACGAAUUUUGGAUAAACGAAGGCAUAAGAAGACGGAAAAACAUGAUGUCCUUCAUCCUGAAAGCACAAGAGACGAAAAUCAUCAAGAAAGAUCGCAAGGAACGCCGGCCUAAGCGGAAACUUUCUGCGGCACCACCAUCGCAGAAUUCUAACCUCAAUGAAGAAAAUCUAAAGGCAUUAGGUACUUUGAGUCCCGAUUCACUCACGCCAUAUCAAUCUACAUAG